UCUAUGUUUGAAUACAUAGUGUACAUUACCUAUCUUGUGUACAAUAAUUUUGUGUUGGUGUGCGCCCUGUGAGUGAGAUGUGAUUCGAGUGUUUUGAUUUAUAUCAAUACUUGUAAUAUUUUCGAAUAAACUUGUCGAUCGUCUUCGAUACCAAAUAGUUAACAACAAACGAAGCAUAAUUACGUUUAAUCAGUGUUAUUUACAGUAAUUUGUUGUAAUCUUGAUUGUCCUGACGACAGUAUCUUAUUUUAUAUGGUUUGUUGAUCAAUCCAGUGUUUUGUUAUAUUGUAAGGAAAACAGAACAUUUAUACGAAAAUGGGGGAUAAAGACGAUUAUUUGACGACCUAUCGUGUGUUUUUUGAGAAUUUUGCGGCCACUGUAUGUCCUGAGGAUCAAUUACCUGUCUCCUGUCCUGACUACUGUAUCACGGAGGCAGAGCUGGCCGGCGAAGUCAUUUACUGGAUUAUCGCAUAUCUAAGAGAUAGGUCAUGUCCACCCACACUUAUGACUCCGCUAUUGCGGUUAAUACUCGACGAGGUGCGAACGGCAUCGAAAAAAUUCCCAAAUGACUUCGGUUUUGAUGCAGAGCGUUCAGUAUUCAGACCGAUAGUGCUGCUGCAGGCAGUGAUAGCGAGGGUGAACGACGUGUGCCUUCGAUACUUGGACAACUCCCGCCUGGACACAUUGCCCCCGCCGCCGCCCCCGGAGCAGAGGGAGCUGAGGACCGUGUCCGCGGCGAUGAGGAACUCGAGACGGGUGAUGGAAGAUCGACAUGUGGAGAUCGGAAACUUGGAGGCGUUGUUUGACGUUGAGACGACAGAGCGCACGAGUUUCUACGCGGUGUACGACGGGCACGCGGGCGCGGCCGCGGCGCACUACAGCGCGGCGCACCUGCACCAGUACCUGGUGGAGAGCCCGCACUUCAAGACCAACCUCAAGCGGGCCAUGCGCGACGCGUUCAUACGGACCGACAAGGAGUUUGUCGAUAAGAGCAGAGAGGACCUGUGGGCGGCGGGCGGCAGCACGGCGGUGGUGGUGUGCGUGCGCGGGUCGGCGCUGGUGGUGGGGUGGGCGGGGGACUCGCUGGCGCUCCUCGCGCAGCGCAUGCGCGUCAUGCAGCUCGUGCGCCCGCACAAGCCCAGCCGGGAGGACGAACGAAGACGAAUAGAAUCUUCGGGGGGUAUGGUUAUGCACAUCGGAACGUGGCGGGUGAACGGACAACUAGCGGUGUCUAGAGCUAUAGGUGACGCACAAUACAAACCGUACGUGAUAGCGAAACCAGAGUUGGGUACUCUGGAGUUGGACGGCGACGAAGACUUCCUGGUGGUGGCCUGCGAUGGGCUCUGGGAUGUCGUCAGUGAAGACGAAGUUGCUCUGUCUGUGUACAGGCAGGUAGCGGCCAAUCCAGAUGACUUGAAGGCGGUGACAGAACGUCUGAUAGUGGAAGCACGCUUGGCGGGCUCGAAAGACAAUAUCUCCAUAAUCGUGGUGUUCCUGAAGGACCCGCGUGGGAUUGCCGCUCAAAACUGCCCGCCCAUGGAUCUUGGGCUGGACAACGCGGUGGUGAACGCGCCGCCGUUCGGCGUGGAGGGCGCGUGUGACGCGGCGGAGGCGGCGGGCGCGGACAACGGCGUGUCGGACAGCGACAGCGAGGACCUCGGGCCCGAGACCGCGGUGGACGUGGACGCGGACGACGCGGACGUGGAGAUGCGCAGCCACGAGCCGCCGCUGCACGCGCCCCGCGCGCCGCCCGCCAUGAUCGUGGAGGAGGGCCACGUCGACGGAAACUUGGUGGAUAAUGUAGCUGAGAGCGGCGAAGAGUCCGAGGACGAGUGGAAUUAUUACAAAGGCGAGGGCGAACGCGAACAGAACCCCAGUGAGGAGGCCGACGAGCCACCGCGCUCAGAAACACCCUGUCAAGAUAAUUCAGCGUGGGAAAGUAGUUCAGUAGACAUGAACAGUUCACCGCUGAACCCGGACGCGCCCCCGUUCGUGCCGGGCAGCGUGGCCGGCUCCGACGUGCUGCUCGCGGAGUCGCCGCGGAAACCCCUGCCGAUGGACGACAUAGAAGUGCCAGACGUGAACCAGUUUCAGACUGGCGCUGGCAGCUGCCCCGGCGAACUGCAGGACUUGGACAAUUGCGACCAGUUGAACGGACACCAUAACAUUUCGAUGGAAGGUGUAACGGAACAUCUCAAUGGUAAUGACAAAUGUCAACUGGAUAGUCUUGGAUUUGGUUUUGAUGUGGGCAUUGAAUCUGAUAAGAUGAAGGAAUCCCGUAUUAUUCAAGACUUUGAAAGAAUACAGAAAGAUACAACAGACUUCUGUAAUAUUCAGGUAUUCCAGACUCACACAGAAACAAAUCCUUUUGGUAGUGAAACUAAUGAUGAAUUAUUUGAGAGGCUAAAAAAUAAAGAAAGAGAUCCAAUGAGCAUGAGUUUUUAUCAAGAAAAAGAUGAUGACACCUGUGAAAGAUUCAGCAAAUUAGAAUCACAUGUUGACCUGAAUGCCGUCCAGCCGUUGCCUGAAAGUGAUGAUGAAGAUGAUAUACAAGCAAAUGGUUUUUGUCAAAAUAUUCAAGAGGGUGAUGAUGAUAAGGAAAAUCUUAGUCCAGAUCAACAUGUAGACACAUUUGCACAAAUUAGCAAUGAUCAAGAACCAAACAAUGAUAUAAUGAGAUUUGAUGAUGGCGUGCAAGUUAUUGAGAACAAUUUUGUAGACAACAUGAUUGAUUGCAAUGUUGAAAGCAACAAUAUGCAACACUAUUGUAAUAAUGAAUUUGAAGGUAACCUUCACCAAGAAAAUGUAAUGCCCACAGAUACUCCUGAAUCUCACAAAUUACUAUUUGAACAAAUACCAGAAAUACCUGAUGGCAAGAGUUCUGAACUAGGGUUCACAAAUGAAGAUCUACUUGAUCCUUCAGAAAGUGAAAAGGAUGUAAGGGCUAUCACACCCCAGGAUGAAGUAUCACAAGAUGUAGAAACAGAUGACAAGCUCGAAGAAUCUCCAUGUGAUGAAAUUGAAAUUGAUAUGCCCUUAGACAGCAAAGAUGAUGUUGAAUCUACAUUUAUAGAGCACACAGAUGUUGCAGACAAAGAUAAUGAAAUUGUUGCUGAAGUUGCAAUUGACAAUCAAAUAUCAGAAAACUUAUCAGUGUCACCUGAACUACUAGAAAAAAAUAAUGAAAUUGAAAACUCUGUAGAGACUGAACAGAAUGUAGUAGUAGAUAUUCAUCAAAGUUCAGAAUCGCAACUUAAUCACUUUGAAAAUAAAACAGAAGAAAUUUCAAACGUUAAUGAAGUUGAUCACAUUACUAAAGAAGAGGAAGCCGUACAUUCGGCGCCUAAAAUUACUCUUGAAAGUGACGAAGUUGCAAUUCAUGAUAUUUCAUCAUCCAAAUCACCAGAACCAGAACAACAACAGAUCACAUCACAAUCACCACUACCAAAUGAGUUUGCUGAACAGAAUGCUGAAUCACCAUUACCUCAAGAGUCUUUGCAAGGUGAAGCGUCGUUGCCGCGCGACUCGCCACUACCUGACGAUUUAUGUUCAGCUAAAUCGCCUCUACCUACUGGAAUUGUUUCUGAUGUCUUAGAAAUUGCAGAAUCACCGCUGCCAUCGCAGUCGCCACUACCCACAGAACCGACAAUCGAAGUCCAUUCCCCGGUUCCUUCUGAGGAACAAAGCAAGACACCUCUGCCUGCAGAAAUUCCACUGCCUAGGGAAUCGCCCGCUCCUUCAGAAUCACCUGCUCCUGUUGCACACUCGCCUCUUCCAGUUGAAGAACCUGUGCUCGGAGAGUCUCCUCUUCCAGUCGAUGAACCUUUACUCGGAGAAUCUCCUCUACCGGUUGAAGAACCAGUAGUGAGAGCGUCUCCUCAACCUGUACAAGAAUCUGUCCCAACAGAGUCUCUUUUGCUCGGCGAAGAGUCUAUUCCUACCAGAGAGUCUCCACUCCCAGUGGAGCAGGCGCUACGACAAUCGCCAUCGCCAGCCGUUUCACCAUUCCCAGUAGAAUCACAAAUUGAAUCAUCCAUUCCAACAGAAAAAUUACCAGCCGAGUCACCUGUACCUGACAUUCAAAAUGAGUCACAUGAAAAUCUAUUGACUAACGACAGAAUUUCAUCUCCAGUUGAGGAACGACAUGCAGAUGCUGUCGAAAAUAUUAGUCAGUCAUUUGUAACGGAAGACUUAAUGAGAAAAGAAUCACCCGCGCCCGUGGAAUCGGUAGCGUCGCCGGCACCAGAAGAAUGUCAAUCGAACGAAAUUUCCGUCGCGGUAGGUCAAGAUUCAAAAUCUCCACUGCCGUCGGAUACGUUUAAAUCUGCCAUUUCACCGGCUCCAUCCCCCUCCCCCGAGAUCGCCGCGACGAGGUCGCCACUGCCCACGGAAGAUAUUGUCGCUUUGACGCAGAGCGAUUCCAGAGCGACUCCCGAGGUCGAGCAAAUAGAAUCGAAAGAAAUGCCGCGCGAGGAGAACGCGCCCGCACCCGACAUCGUGCCCGAGCAGGCGCGCUCCGACCUCGUCACCGACAUCGACAUCGGCAUCCCGGAGUCACGCGCGCAAGAGAUCUGCGUGCCCGUCACCAGCGAAAUACAGCAAGAGGACGCGGUGCGGCCGGCCGGCACGCCGCCGCCCACGCCCGCCGUCGAGGGCGAGCUGGCCGCCGCCCCGCUCAGCGACGCGCCCAUCGCCGCGCCCGCCGCCGCGCUGGCCGGCGCCGCGGUCGCCGCCGCCGCCGCCACGGCCGCCACGGUUGCAACGACCAAGGCCAAAGCGCCCGCUAAGAAAUCUCCGACGACGCCCACGCCCCGAGCGUCGAAUGCCACCCCCAAAACGACGGCGGCGCGGACGUCUCUCGCCGCGACUACUCCCCGAUCGCCAGCCACGGCUUCCCCGCGCCUCGCCGCGACGAAGACGCCGAGCUCAGCCUCGAAGGCCGCCGCCCCAGCGGCGCGAGCGAAUCCCGCUGCUAAGCCGGCGUCCCCUACGAAAGCCGCCCCUAAAGUGGCGGCGCCCGCCAAAGAUGCGGCCGCUAAGCCGUCAGCCGCGAGGCCGACGACGGCCAGACCGGCACCCGCGAGGCCGGCGACGGCCAAGCCGGCACCCGCGAGGCCGGCGUCGGCCAAGCCGACCUCCAAGCCCGCCGCGCCCAAGCCGCCGACGACGACGGCCGCUCCCAAACCGAUAACGAGACCGACGGCCCCGAAAGCUCCCUCCGCGGCCGCCCCCGCGGCGCCGAAGCCUGCUGCGGCGCGGCCGGCGACCGCCAAGACGAGCUCGACGCUCGCGGCCGCUCCCAAACCCAAGGAAGUGAAGAAGGUGCCCGAGAAGAAGCCCUUGACGAACGGUGACGUGAAGGCGGCCAAGCCGGCGCCCCGGCCCGCCCCCGCGGCGCCCCGCGCGGCGCCCCCGGCCCGCACCCCCGCACAGCGCGCUCCCGCCGCCCCACCGACCAAGACUGCUAGUGCAAAGCCCCCAGUGAAGGCUCCAUUGGACAAACAAAGCAAAGAUCUCGCCAACAAACGCAUCACCGCCAAAACUGCGCCUCCGAGGACUGCAAAUAAUAAGAGCUCGGUCGGCAACAAGACGGCGGUGAAGAGCGUGCCGAAGCGCAGCGAGCGCGAGCAGGCGCAGGCGCAGGCGCAGCAGGCGCUGGCCAACGGCGCGCUCGGCCCCAAGGCGCCGCCCAGCCCGCCCGCCGACGCGCUGCUGCCCGACGUCAUCGCGUGAACGCGAUUCCGAUUCCUAUUAUUUCCGCUUGAAUUUUUGUGAUUUUUCUAUAAGUGUAAUAUAGUUAAGGCCGCGUCCGCGGCGAGUCGUUAGGUGCGGGAGAACCCUCCCAUCUUUUAUAAUAUAGUCGCUUAUAGAUAUGUGUAGUCUUUGCAUUUGACGAACGCGCGCUACACGUUUGUUAUGUUUGUCUAUCCGCGUCCCGCUCGGCCGGCCGACCGCCGCGCCGAGCCCGUUUAGAAUUUUUAUAUUACCGACGAAUGAUUGAUUAUUAAAUCUGGCUUUUUAAUUUAUUCUCUUUGUAUAACCGUAUUAUUUAAUAAAAUCGUAAGGAAGGACUGAGAUAUUGUUUUAUUUAUGGAGGUACGAAGCUAUGACUUUUAUAAUUAUGAGCUCGAUAAAAAUGUUUACUUAACUACUACAUUUACUUAAUGUGUCAAUGUUUAACUUAAUAUCAUGGUGUUACAAAAAUACUAAAAUAGAGCAUUUUAUUGGAAUAAAUGGUUAUAUCACCCCUU